CUUUUAUUUUGGUAUGACUACAUGACCUCAUAAGGCCCCCGUCGCAUUCAUGCUUCUGUGAUUCGGCUGGAGGAAGGACAGAUUGUCCAAAAACACAGAAAAUCUCCUGGUGAAGUGAUCCAUGUGACACUAUUGUAAAGAUGGCGUUUUUUGAAGAGGAGAGUGAAGUCAUGAAGCCUGAAGAAGCACUUGGAGUGAUACAUGAAGAUACUGAGGAACAAAUAGACUGGAUGUUGCUGAAAGAGGAGAUGGAAGAACUGAAUGAAAUGGAAAAGAAAAGUCAGAAUGAGAAUUGUCAGGAUUUCAUGACUGUAGAAGAAUCUCUUACUUGCUUACAAACAGGAAGUAAAAAUCUUGAAGUCCACAUGAGUGUUCACACUGAAGAGAGCCCUUUCACCUGCCAGCACUGUGGAAAAAGUUUCAAUCGAAAAAGGAACCUUAACAUCCACUUGAAUAUCCAUUCUGAAAAGGAGCCAUUCAUAUGCCCUCAGUGUGAAAAGACAUUUACACAGAAAAAAUACCUUACUGCCCACUUAAGAAUCCACAAUGGAGAGACCCCAUAUACCUGCAAACUGUGUGAGAAGAGUUUCUCACUAAAAGGAAAUCUUAAGACUCACAUGAGAAUCCACACUGGAGAGAAGCCAUUCAUAUGUGCUCAGUGUGGAAAGAGUUUUAAACAGAAAAGAGACCUUAACGUCCACAUGAGAAUUCACACUGGAGAGAAGCCUUACAUCUGCGAACAAUGUGGGAAGAGCUUCACACACCAAGAAAGUUUUAAGAUUCACAUGAGAAUUCACACUGGAGAGAAGCCAUUCACAUGUGAUCAGUGUGGAAAGAGUUUCAGAUAUAGAGACAAGCUUAAUAAUCACAUAAGGAUUCACUCAAGGGAGAACUGUUUUAGAUGUCCUCACUGUGAAAAGAGUUUCACAGAAAGGAAUAAUCUUAUGAGUCAUGUAAAAACUCACACUGGAAAGAAGAUUUUCAUGUGCCAUCACUGUGGAAAGAUUUGCUCAAAGAAAACAAACCUUGAGAAUCACAUAAGGGUUCACACUGGAGAGAAGCCUUUUACUUGUCCUCAGUGUGGAAAGAGUUUCAGACUUAAAGGAAACCUAAAUGCUCACAUGAGAGUUCACACUAGAGAUGCCUUACAAGUGUCUUAGUGUGAAGAGAUUUUCACAUAUCUCUCAGACCUGAAACGACAUGUGCAAACUCAUUCUUAAAAGAAAUCGCAGUGUUCCUCAGUGUGACUAAAGGUUUAGAAAAUGGAGCAAUUUCAACAAUCAUGUGCACGUUCACUCUGGAGGAAGGCAGUUCAGUUGAGAUAAUCAGUGUAAUAAAAACAUCACACAUACAGAUAUGCCUAUACAGAUAAUGUCAUGUGAAUGUGAGAAAAUACAUAUAUGUCUAAAAUCAAGGCUACUUUCACAUCACAGCUGAAUGUGGGUCAUAUCUGAUUCAUUACCACUUAUUUUAUUUGUAUUAACUUCUAUUUAAAUCCUUGACCUCUUUAUACUAUACCUUGUGGCUUUUUAUUUUCUUGUAACGACUGAGACACGUGUGUUAUAUUUAAUGAAUAAUAUUUAAAACCCUGUGCCAAGGUGUCUGCGACCACCCCCAAAGUAUUAGUACCAGGCCCCUGGUUGCCAUGGUUUUACGACUUAAAAGAAUGCAGAACUAUGCUUUAAACUCACUUGAAUCAGGCCAUAGGGAAGACACAAAGCCUGUAAAAACAGACUCUUUUGCCUCAAUUUAUGGACAAACUGUUCUAUAAAUGAACAUGCAUCCCAGGACAUUGUGUGUAUGAUUAUUACUGUUGUGUGUAGUGUCUUUUUGUAUGGUAUUUUGUUUUAUGAAUAUGUUAUGAUAGAACCAAUGGCUAAUGUAACCUCACCUAUACCAAGUUUGGGGUCUACGUGUUUGUAUUUUGAAGAUUUAAAUGAUUGUGUAUAUGAUAUGUUUUUAGCUGUGCAACAUAUUAAUAUUACAAGAAUCUUUCCUUCUCCAACAACCAAUCCAGUUACAUAUGCAAAUGCCCUGCUCGAAGGACAAAGGAUCGUAAAACUAAAUUUCCAGCUUGGAAAUUGGUCAGGUCAACCUUAAGAGGUGUGACUUCUCCCAGACUGUUCCUCUUGCUCCUCCGACUGACUCUUGGUAUCUCUUAGUUGCUGCAAGGCCUCAACCUGCACUCCAGCCAUGUGCUUACCUUGGAGAGAGAGAGAAAUCUUUCCCAACUACAAGAGUCAAAAUAACCAUGCAAGUUCAUCAUUUCUUCAUUCAACGCAGGAGAAAUCGAUUGCAACUUCAACACCAUCGAUUCACGGAAUCACCAAGAACCUGUUCAGAACAACAGACUGCAAAGGCCAUGCAAGUAACGAAUAUUUUAACUAAACAGAGCUUUUUGAUAAGCAGUAAAAUCCUCUUAACGAGGUGCUUUGGAAUAAUAAACUGAUGGUUCUUUUCAUGGUUUAAUGACUCUUUUUCCAUAGCUUCAUUCCCUGUUCCCAUUUCCGGCUUCAUUCUAUCGAGUUCCAUCUUACUCAUGUAUGUGUGUUUGUUAGAUUAGUUGUGUUUGUGAUUUAGUUAAUAAAAUUUGUGCACAAUA